CUGCCGACGGUGGCUCUCGUUUGUGAGCGCUUUUUGAGGGAUUUGGUGCUCCGGCCCCGAGCGGUCGGGGUGGCCGAGGUGUCCCUCCUGCGCGGCGUCGUGGGCAGCUCCGAGCUGGCUGAUCAUCUCCUGUCCCCGCUUCUUCCUGGUGCUGGGAUUGAGCUGAUCAAGCUGGUGAACGGGAUCAACGUGGAAGGGCUGCGGCACGCGGAGGUGGUGUCCCACAUCAAGUCCAGGGAGAACGAAGCCAGGCUGCUGGUGGUGGACCCCGAAACAGACGAUUACUUCAAGAAGCUGGGGGUGACCCCCACGGAGGAGCACGCCAAAGCUUUGGGGCUGGACGAGCCUGGUUUCAGCCCCCUGAACGGAGGAUCCACAUCUUCAUCUCACAGUGACCUUCAGAGUCCUGGGAAGGAAUCGGAGGAUGGAGACGCGGAGAAGAAAGACCCGUUCGAGGAGAGCGGGCUGAGCCUGAGCCCGACGGCUGCCGAGGCCAAGGAGAAGGGGCGGGCCAAGCGGGGGAAGAAGCGAGCCCCGCAGAUGGACUCGAACCGUCCACGUCCCAUCCAGUUUGCUGCUUCUGGGCUGGUGUUCGAUGCCGCCAGGCAUGACCGGGUGUCCGGCCAGCGGGACGGCGUCCGCCAACGCCGCGGGCUCUCCGCGGGGCUGGCAGCGGUGUGA